CUACUGGUUGUCUUGGUAACCUAAACACAGCAGCGAGAGGCUUCAGAAGAGCCGCUCUCCUGCUACUUUCAGCUAGCGUUGACUAUUUAAGGUUGACGAGGCAAUAUAUCUAAACUAAAUUGUGGUUAAGACAUUAAAACGGACAAUUUGUUCAAGGGUUCUCAAAGCAUAUAGUUGGAGCAACAAUGAGAAAGGCCUCAACUGUUCAGAAGGUAGCUCCACCUGGUCCGAAGUCAAACAAAAAUAAAAAAAAGGAUGAGGAGGAGGCAGUGGAUGCCGGUGGUGGACGGGUCUCUUAUGGGAAAGCACUUAUCAAGCCCCCGGAUCAGCUGGAGCUCACUGAGGCUGAGCUGAAAGAGGAAAUCACAAGGACCCUGACUGCAAACAACCCACAUGCUCCUCAAAAUAUUGUCCACUACAGCUUCAAGGAACGUUCCUUCAAGGUCACCAGCGCUGUGGAUCAGUUGGCUGUUCUCUUUGAGAUGGAAGGAAAUCUCGUGCACAUAGAUUCUGAUGAGGGUCGUAGACUGAGGGCCAAGGAGAUUCUGGCUAAUGAGCCGGCAACAGUCAACACUGGAGCAGAAGCUGAUGAGGAGGAGCUGGUAAACCUGGCCCUACCUGAAGAGGGUGGAAGGGAAGUGGAUGAAGUGGGAGAAGAGGACAGACCAGACAGCGUUGCCUCCAAAACUGGGAUGAAGGAGCAAAAAGCUACUAACCAGUUUAACUUCUGUGAGAGGGCUUCCCAGACUCUCAACAACCCACCCAGGGAAAUAAGCUGCCAGACUGAACCUCCUCCACGCAGCGUCUUUGGUGCCACUGUUAGUCAGUGGGAGAUCUAUGAUGCCUAUGUAAUGGAGCUGCAGAAACAAGAAAAAAACAAAGAAAAGCAAAAAGCUCCAACUUUGAGGAAAGAUGUUGACAAAAGCAGGAAUAAAACCAUGCUGACAGAAACUGCGAACGAUGACAUCACCAAAGUAAGAAAAGGGGCCAAGAUCCUUGAACGAAUGGUCCAUCAGAAUACUUUUGAUGACAUUGCACAAGAUUUCAAAUACUUUGAGGAUGGAUCCGAUGAGUUCAGGGGGCAGGAGGGCACUCUUCUCCCCUUGUGGAAGUUUCAGUAUGACAAAGCAAAAGGACUAUCCGUCACAGCCCUCUGCUGGAAUAAGAAAUAUCCGGAUCUAUUUGCUGUGGGAAUGGGAUCGUACGACUUCAAUUACCAAGGGCGUGGAAUGCUCGUAUUCUACUCGUUGAAGAAUUCUGCCUUUCCAGAGCGCAUCUACCCCACAGAUUCUGGGGUAAUGUGCCUGGACAUCCACGAGCAGCAUUCCUACCUAACGGCGGUGGGCUUCUAUGAUGGCUGUGUGGCUGUCUACAACCUGAAGAGGGAGGGAUCGGAGCCUGUGUACAAGAGCACAGUAAAGACUGGCAAGCACACAGACCCAGUCUGGCAGGUCUGCUGGCAGAAUAAUGACAUGGACGACAGACACAAUUUCUGUUCCGUGUCAUCGGAUGGCCGAGUUGUUUCCUGGGCACUCGUCAAGAAUGAGCUGGUCUUUACAGACAUUAUCCGACGGUCUCUGGCGGGACCAGAAAGUGCACAGCAGCGUGGCAUCUUGGCCUGUGGUACAUCGUUGGACUUCCAUAAACAGAUUGACUAUCUCUUCCUUGUGGGCACAGGAGAGGGCAAAAUACACAAGUGCUCCAAAACCUACUCCAGCAAGUACCUGGAGACGUAUGACGCCCACAGCAGGGCAGUGGAUGCUAUAAAGUGGAACCACUUCCACCCAAAGGUCUUCAUCUCUUGCAGUUCGGACUGGACCAUCAAGAUCUGGGACCAUACCAUCAACACUCCAAUGUUCACAUUUGAUCUGAAAGUACCUGUUGGUGAUGUUGCCUGGGCUCCAUACUCCUCUACUAUAUUUGCUGCUGUCACAACAGAUGGAAAGGUUCAUGUCUUUGACCUCAACAUCAACAAAUAUGAGGAAAUCUGCAAGCAGGCAGUGGUGGUCAAAAAGAAAACCGAGCUGACUCACAUCGAGUUCAAUCCCAUCUAUCCUCUCCUCAUAGUGGGUGAUGACCGAGGCAAUGUCAUCAGCCUCAAACUCUCCCCUAACCUCCGCAAGAAACCAAAGCACUGUGGAGACGUGAGUUCUGCAUGCCACGGCAUUUGAAUGGCCGAUUGUGUGGUUGUCCAGGCAUUGGAUUGAAAAGGCAUUAUCAGCGCCGGUUCGCCUGCGGGUAUUUGAUCACAGAUACAAAGACAAGAAGACGAACUGAAUUGUAUUUGUGUUUUACUACUGAGAGGUUGAUGUACUGCAAGUUACAAAGGUCUGUUUACCAGUGUAAGUGUAUAGGAAACUGAUGUUUUUCCCUUCCAAUGUCCUUAAGUGACGGCUUAGGAUAUAUAAGUGGAGUGGAUAUAUAAUUCCACUGCUUGGCCACUACAUGUAAUUUGCUUCUAAUAAAAGGUCUUCAUGGAGGCUGGGACAAAAUCCAUUUAGGAAGGUGGUCAGUGGCGAUGCAUCGUUCAAACAUCCACAGGACUUUCCCCUUGUACACAAUUGGUUGAGUCUUGUGUGAAACACAAAGUUCCUUGCAUUAGUGAUUACCUUUUCCUUGAUAGUAAUGACCAUUGAUGAUGCCAAUCAAUCACCUGAUAACAUUCUAAACUCCCCAUAUGCCAUCGUGUCCGAGAAUGAUGUGCAUGCAAGUCCUCCUUUUGUAUUACUGUUCAGUAUCAGUGAAGUCCUGACCUCAAGCUUAUUUCAUCAAAACAACACUGUUCUCCCCCCUCCUCAGCAGGUCAUCAUUAGAAUCACUAAUCGCCUGUAUUAUUCUCUCCCUUGUCAUUUAGGCCAGUAAGCAAUCAGCCGCAGCGAAUUAGAUAAUUCUUUGUAAUCUAAUGAGCUUGUUAGGAAAAAUCCCUCAAAGGAGCAGCAGAACAUACAUUGUCAUUGUCAUUACAUACAAAUGGUACUGCAAAUCAACUGCUGGUAGCCCAGUGGUUUUAAAGGCCGGUUUCUGUACAAGGUUGUGGAUCUGUCAGUCAUCUUCCUGUCUUUCGAAAAUACAACCAGCUAGACUAUAAAUCACAGGACACAAUGGGGGAAAUAAUCCUAAAGAAAAGAAAGCCAACAGAAAUGAUGGAUUUCCAAAGUUGUUAUAUACACUAUACAGUAAAACCAAAUUCCACUCUCCUCCAUUUACAAUAGAUGAGUCACUGAAGGCUAUUUUCCACCAAGUGACAAUGGUAAAUGAGCAGUGGCGUAAUCACAGCGGCCCCACUAAACGCAGGAGGAAACCUAAUGGCCCGCCGAGUCACAACACUUUAAUCAGCGCCUCUUCAGAGUCAGUCCUGCAGCUCUCCAGCCUUUUCUUUUGUGUUGCUUUGUGCUGGUCACACAUCUUCUUCGUGGCACAAUUUAGUUUAACACACAGGAACAAUUCUUGGUCAACUACUCACAAUGAACCCAGUUUGGAAGAGCACGGCAUUGUCCACGCAUACACAUACAGUGCUACCUCAUUAGCAACCUCAGGCUGUAACUCUAAAGCAAACAAUUUCGGGAGUAAUUACAUAGUUAAUUGCCAGUGACAGUGGAAUAUAGUGUGGCAAAUACGAAUCAGGCUACAACAUCCAGCGGAAUAUAUUAUUAGUAAAAGUAAGUUGUAAAAUUGCCCGGCAGCCCUUUAAAACCUGCACAGUGGACAUGGUGGCCAAUUAACCUUCUCACACUAUUGGCACAAUACCACUUGUAGCUGACCUCAAAAGGAAUUCUUUGAUUGCGGUUUCCCAAAUGAGAGGUCAAAAGUCGUAACUCUGUCAAGUGUCAGAAAACAGAAUUAACUACAGAAAGUACUUAUUUUAGAGGGUGAGGGCUCGCUGUUGUGCUGAAUUGAGCUGUUACUUCCUAGUUGUAAGCAUGAGGUCGACAGGUAGCGUGCCUGAUGCACACAGAUGUGUCUGUGGAGAUGUGGAGUUCUCGUUUAGGGUCUGUGGUUUUGAAACAACUGUCUGCUGUCUCUGAGUUAAAGGGAAAUAGAGUUUAUGCAGAGUUCACUUUAUAUGAAAGCGCUUCACAAUUCACACAAUGCAUAUUAGGCAACCGAAAGUGCUUAUUGUAGUCAACUAUGGAAGUGUUCAUCAUUUUUAGAUGACCACAGAUGAUCCCUGUGUGUUCUCUUGUGGCAACAUAAAAGAAGCAUUGUGCAAUAUUUUGUAAUUGUCUACUAAUCCCAAUCGUCUCCCCGAAUACAGAAUAUCUGUAUUCACGAAUGCUAGAAAGUGAGCAGACACGGCAGUCUGGGCCUUACGAUGCAGAUGGGCCCUCCUGUCUCCUAUUACUUUUAGAAAGAACAAGUUUGGGAUUUCACUGCUGUGUUUAGCAAGAGAGAAAGAAAUUAAGAAAAUAAAUCAGGACACAUGUUGACGUCUUGAGAGAAGACAAUAUUUUCUGGUUAUGCUCACUUUUGCAGUUGUAUUCAAUAGAAGUGACGGUUUGUACCUGGACAGCCUUCCUCUCCACUGUGGAGGAAGCUUUAUUGGAUCAUUAAUCAUGGCACAGAUAUUAUGCUGCAGCGAGAUCUGAUGCUUAUUUGUUUUGGGAACACGUCUGUCUCUCUGGAUCAACCCACUCACUGUAUCCAUUUGAAACGUUGAAACCGCUAUAACACAAUACCAAUCUACAGUUCUCAAGCUUCAGAGGACGAGUUGAUGUCACCCUUCAUUUUUCUCUACUGAGUUGAGGUCAGUCAGUCACUUCUAUUCAUAAAUCUAUUAAAAAAACAUUUUGUGCCAAUUUACUUACAGUAGAUAAUCUAAAUAGAGAGAUUCAUGAAGACUUAAGUGUUUAUUGUUGCAACCAGGUUUUUGUACUGUGUAUUGUUCGUGGCGUUAUGGGAUGCUGGUGUCCAUCAUCAACAUUUCACUCCAAAAUAUAUGAAGUAUAUUUCAGUAUGCAUAAAGGUAGUUUCAUCCCUCAUGUUGAAUGUUAGAUUAGCAUUACGUAGCAGCCAUGAUGGAAUAUCAUUGUAGCAGAUAGUGGGAAAUGUAACGAGCCAUCGGUACCACCACCCCUAAAAGGAGGAUCAUGCGACCCGGUCCGAGUGUGAGUUUGCGUGUGAGUCCGUCCGUGAGUGAGCGCACACCUCUUAGUCUCCCCACAGCUAAUCAUCCAUUCUGUAUCAUGUUUUUUUGGGGGUACGCAGGCUGACAGCUGGAUGAGCUCAACAUUUUCUCUGGAAAAGUGGGAACUGGUAUAUUGAAUCAGCAUCCUGUUAGCAGUAGCUUCAUGUCUUCAAACAUCACAUAGGGUGGAAAUAAACUACUAUAUAGAGAGUUAACACCACCACUCUGCUGAUAUUUACCUAACAUUCAUUCCAACGUAUGUCUGAUUGUGUUGUGUUCUCCUCUGGUUGAAGGCUGGGUGGUCUCCCUAAGCGCCUGCUAAGCAUAAUAUGAUUUACAAUUACUGUCACUUAUUCUUUGCAUCUGUUUGUGUGUGU